GCGCAGAGGAAGGGGGCUUUUUUGCGACAGCGGCGCCGCAAAGCGCGGCGUGUUGUUGACAGCCGCCCGGGCGGAGCUGGAAGUGAGUGCGGGAGGGCGGACGGGCCCGGGGCCGCUCUGUCUGAAGGAGUGCAGGAGCGAUGAGCAGAGCGAGGAGGCCACCUCCGCCGGCGGGACGCGGUGGCCCUGCCGCCGGCAGGCAGCUGCCUCUGCUGAUGGACUUCUCCCCGGAGGGGACGGCGGCGAACGACGCUGGGGACGACGCGGCCGAGCUGGAGGCCGAGCUGCUGGCUAUCGUGGGAGGCCGGCCUGACCCGAAAGGAAAACCCACGGAGAAAACGCCCUUGCCGAUGGAAGCCAUCGAGAGGAUGGCUGCGCUCUGCAUGAAGGACCUGGAUGAAGAGGAGGGAGACGACGAGGAAGAUCUGGAAAACGAGGAUGACCUCAUGGCAGAGCUCGAGGAAGUGCUCGGCGAAGGGGAGGAGAGAGCAGACGCCCCCGGACCGGCUGCGAAGGUGGGCGACGCGCCCCCCGGCCCCGGCGGCGUCGAGGCCACGCUGGCGCAGAGGGCGGACAUGUACCGGGCGGCCGUGGCCAGCGCCAGGCAGGCCGGGGACGGCUCCAAGGUGCGCCGCUACGAGAGAGGCCUCAAGACCCUGGAGAACAUGCUGGCUUCUGUGAGGAAGGGAAAGCAGAUCGACGAGGAGGAAAUCCCGCCGCCGGUGGCUCUGGGCAAGAGCGUGGGCCCCCAGCAGCCCCCCCCCUCCGCGGCGUCGCCCCUCCGCGGCUCCGGGCCGGCCGCCGGCCCCGGCUCCCCGCCGCCUCCCGCGCAGCCGCCUCCCGUCCUCCCGCAGCCUCCGGCCUUGCCCAGCCCCGCUUUGCCCCGCGGCUCUCCGGAGCAAAACGCGCCUUCCCCCUCGCCGGCUCCUUCAGGUGCCGGCCGGGCCGGCGCCGAGGCCCUGCUGCGGGGCCGGCAGCGGGAGUACAAGCUGGCAGCGCUGCACGCCAAGCAGCAGGGCGACGUGGAGGCGGCCGCCGGAUACUACCGCGUGGCCAAGAGCUUCGACUCGCUGCUGGAGGCGCUGGGGAAGGGGCAGCCGGUGGAGCCCAGCAGCGUGCCGCCGCCUCCGGACCAGCUGCCGAAGGAGCUGCUGUCGCCCGGCCGGCAGCAGUCCGCUGCGCCGACGCCAGCGGUCACGCCGGAGGCGAAGCCGGCCUCUCCCGCGGCAGACGUCCCUCCCCCGCCUCGGGACACGCUGGAAGCUCUGCAGCAGCGGAUGGAGCGGUACAAAGCGGCAGCGGCGCAGGCCAAGGGCAAAGGGGACGAGCGGAAGGCCCGGAUGCACGAGCGCAUCGUGAAGCAAUACCAGGACGCCAUCCGGGCCCACAAAGCGGGGAAGACGGUGGAUUUCUCGGAGCUGCCCGUUCCGCCAGGCUUCCCGCCCAUCCAGGGCGUGGAGAUGCCGUCCGGGGACCAAAGCAUCGCGGGGGUGCUGGAGACCGCCAUGAAACUGGCCAGCCAGGAGGUCCACGAGAACGAGGAGGAGGCCGAGGAGACGAAGAAGCCUGCUCCCCGCCCCGCUCCGACGAGAGCGGCCGCCGCCUCCCCGGCCUCGCAGCAGCCUCCGCAGCCCCCGCGAGCGGCGACAGCCCCCGCCUCGGCAGCAAACUCCGCCGGAGGGGCCAAGCCGGCCCCCAAGGCCCCCACGAAAGCCCAGCAGCAGCUGGCCUUCCUGGAGGGCCGGAAGAAGCAGCUGAUGCAGGCGGCUCUGCGCGCCAAGCAGAAGAACGACAUCGAGGGGGCGAAGCUCUUCCUGCGCCAGGCCAAGGGGCUCGACCCCAUGAUCGAGGCGUCGCAGAGCGGCCUUCCCGUGGACAUCGCCAAGGUGCCCGAAGCGCCGGUGAGCAAGGACGACUUCGUGCUCGUGCAGCGCCGGGGCGUCAGCAUCUCGCCGGAGGCGGCCAGCCAGUACCUGGAGCUCAUGAAGCUGAUCCGGCAGCAGCACGAGAUGUGCGUGAAUUACUCCAAGCAGUUCACUCACCUGGGGAACAUCGCGGAGACGACCAAGUUCGAGAAGAUGGCCGAGGACUGCAAGCAGCACAUGGAGAUCCUGAAGCAGGCGCACGCCAGGGGCUUCCCUCUGCCCAAGUACCACUACGAGCAGAGGACCUUCAACGUCGUCAAAAUCUUCCCCGACCUGAACAGCAACGACAUGAUCCUGUCCGUAGUGAAGGGGAUCAAUCUCCCCGCUCCGCCGGGUGUGGCUCCCAACGACCUGGACGCCUUCGUGCGCUUCGAGUUCCCCUACCCCAACGCGGAGGAAGCGCAGAAGGACAAGACCAACGUGAUCAAGAACACGGACUCUCCUGAAUUCAACGAGCGGUUCAAGCUGUACAUCAACCGAGGCCACCGCGGGCUCCGGCGGGUCCUCCAGGCCAAAGGCAUCAAGUUCGAGGUGGCGCACAAAGGGGGGUUGUUCAAGACGGACCGCGUCAUCGGGACGGCCCAGCUGAAGCUCGAGGCCCUGGAGACCGCUUGCGAGGUCCGGGAGAUCGUCGAGCUGCUGGACGGCCGCCGGCCCACGGGGGGGAAGCUGGAGGUGAUGGUGCGGAUACGGGAGCCCCUGAGCUCGCAGCAGCUGGAGACGAGGACGGAGCGGUGGCUGGUCAUCAACCCCAGCACGCUGCCGCCGGUCGCCGUCCCCAAGCCCAGGCCGGCCAUCGCUCCGAUAAAGGACGUCGGCAACAGCAAGCCCGUCCGCACGCUGCCCAGCCUCAACCUGCUGGCCUUCGACCGGGAGAAGCUGGAGAAGAAAAUGCUGGUGUACAAGCAGGCUCACCGGCAGCUCCCCAACGAGCUGCUGGAGCAGCACCAGGACCUGCUGCAGCGGAGCCAGUGGCUGCAGGCGCAGCUGCAGCACGGCGCCCCGGCCUUCCGCAAAGAGUACCUGGCGCAGCUGGAGCGCUACCUGCACCUCUACACGGAGACGGCGCGUCGCCUGGGCACCGAGGGCAACCGGGAUGCGGCCAAGGAAGCUCUGUACAAGAGGAAUCUGGUGGAGAGCGAGCUGCAGAAGCUCCGGCGAUGAGCUGCUCCGGCGACGAGCCGCCGGCUCCGGCCCCGCUCCCGCCCGGAGCUGCCCCGCUGCGACAAUCCGGCCCCGGCGAGGCCCCGCGGGACGGGAUCACCGCUGCUAUCCCCCCCCUUCCCGAUCCCGCCGCCGGGGCUGCC